CCUGUCGUACCCAGUAAGGCGGCAUGUUCACAAACAUUUGCAUUGUAAGAAUUCUCAGAAGUUUUGUCACAGUUUGUUUGUAUGUAGGAGUGACGUUGCCACAUGUGGUUAAUGUGGGGAGAAUGAUUGCGAAGGAAACUAUGUGAGAAAGAUCCAGAGUGUCUUCACUCAGUGGAGAGGGAGUCAUGCAGCGUAGGAGGAUAACUUUCCAAAGAGAGUAAGGGAGGCAGAAAUAAUCCGGGCCAGAGCUAAGAAGUAUGAGGAAGUAUGAGGAAGUAGGUAAGAAAUGUUAUGAUGUGAAACAAGAAGCUAAGGAGGACAAAUCAGCCAGAAAACAUGAUGAGUUUUGUGUUUUUUAAGGAUCAGGUGAUGUUUUUGGCCUUUUUGGUAACUGUGCUGCUGGAGUACAAAGAAAACCUGAGAAAACUUAAAUAAUUUUAGAUGCAGCGAUGAGAUUUCUGGGUGUUGUAGGAGUAGUAGUAGUUUCUCUGAAACACCUGAAGAAUAGAGAAUUUAUAGCAGAGUGGGAACUGGAUGGGAAGGGUUUAUUAUUAUUUAUUUAGUCAGUGGAGAUUUUUGUUUAAAUCCAGUAGGUGGCGUUAUGCACCUUAAAGAUCGUUGCGAUCCGCCAGUAAAACGAGAGUAGAAGAAGAACUCUAGUGACAUCCUGGGUUGAGUGUUUCAAGGAUAAGACGGGAUGUACUCAAGUCAGAAAUGAAUUAGAAACAACUCGGAGCUCUAUAAACGGCGUUCACGUAUAAAGAAGUUGUAGUGACACUCACUAAAACCACACUUCCUCCAGUUUACGUUAUUUUAUUUCGGGAGUUCAGUGAAAGUGCGGGACCCAGUGCGACCGUUGGAGUGACGUCAUCGUCCGAUCCUUGUUUCCCUGCUUCAGUCAUUUAAAAAAAAGUUUGCGAAAAAUAGUCCGUGAAACCAACGUUAGCUAACUAUUUUGUCUUCCAGGAACAAGUUGUAUAUUUAGAAAAGAAAAUAUCGUGAAAUUACGUUCAAGUAUUUUUUAAGUGUUAUAUUUACUUUCAGUUACUGUCAGUGAUGGUAAGCUAACUUUAGCCUUAGCUAAAAGACGCCCACAACAAGCUCAAGACAACAACAAUGAAGGCAUCGUAACACAGGAAGAAAAACAUUAAGGAAUUAGAGUUGGGGGUAAUAUUACUACAUAUAGAUAUUACAAUAUAACUGUUAUGAUGCGAUGGACGAAGGGAGAAGAUUACCCCCCUCAAAUGGAAGAGCUUUUGGAGGAGUCCCAGCCGGUCUCACCCCCUGGUCAUCUGAUACUUCAGCUGAGAUCUGGCACAGCACUCCAGUUAAACAGGACAGUGGUGGUGCUCCGCUGCAUCCCAGUCAAGCUUCUGUCUUAACCAGCUUCAAGAUGGACAACACAGCCAAACAGUGGUCCAGAAGUAUCCCUCCCCUCCCAGCAGACCCUCCUCAUCCUCCCAUCUCUCAGGACACUGAGUUUCCCGUGAGCGACGUGAGCGGCUCCACCAUCCAGAGGCAGAGGAGGGAGCUGCAGCUGCUGAUGGCCGAGCUGAAGGACAGAGACAGAGAGCUGAACGCCACGGCCGCCUCCCACCACAAGCAGCUGCACGCCUGGGAACAAGACCGCCAGAGGAUGCUCACCGUGGAGCAGAGGUGUUCCCGUUUACACGAUGAGUUGCAGAAGCGUAACGAUGUGAUCAGAGUCCUGACUAAACGUGUCUGGAUGGUGGAAACCAGAGAGAAGGAAGUCCAGAAGGAGCUCAGCGCAGCCCAACAGCAGCUCUGUGAGCUCGAGAGGAAACAGCAGCACGUCAGCCAAAAAUGUCAAGACUUUGAGGACAAGAACCAGAGUCUGAACUCGACGGUCGUGGCUUUGUCCACUCAGGUCGGCUCUCUGCAGGUCAGAGAAGAAGAACUGAGCUCCAUGCUCAAACUCAAGGACAAAGACGUGACUGACGCCUCUAGUCGUAUAUUUGACCUCACGGAGCGUCUGCGAGAUGCCGAAUCGUCGCUAACGGAGAGUCGCUCACGGGAAAACAAACUGCAGAGAGACUUGGAGGAAAAUAAACGUCGUUACAGAGAUACAAAGCAUGAGGUUACACACCUUAAAGAGGAGCUGCAGCAGCAGGUGACACAGAGCAGCACUCAGAGAGAAGAGAUGAUCCGCCUCAAACAGGAGCUGCAGCUGCUCCGCAGAGAUCUGCUCUUAUCAGGGGAGGGAGACAGCUGGAAAGACGAGCUGCUGGAACUCGCUCACUCUAAACAGGAACGCACCAUGUCUGAGCUCCGCUGCCUGCGACAGGUGUGUGAGAAUCAGAGGAACGACCUGCAGCUGUUGCAGCUGAACCUGGAAAGCGCCCGAGAAGCUCUGAGGGAGACGAACAGUCAGGGAUUUAUCGGCAGCCAGGACGAGUUGAGAUGUGGCUGCGUGGAUAACCGAUCACUCUCAUCGAUCAGAGCGAGGACCUCGGGACCUGCACAUGAGAGUUCUCCUCUACCUGCAGCCGGUCUGCAAGGCGCAGUAAACGUGGACCCGGGAGUCCUCGCAGCACGCCUGAAGGAUGGUGACGAUCUUCUGUCCAGCUGUUCUCUGCAGCAGCUGUUGGAUGAGUCCAGGCUGGUUUUGACCAGUUCAGAGCUCGGAGCCUUCAGACCCAACAGCUCUGUACACAACAGUCUCAGCUGUGGGACCACUGACCCCCUUUACUCCCAUAAGUGCCCGACACCCCCCCACCACCAGCACCACCAGCACCACCAGCAGCCGAGUACCCCGACACACAAGGCCGGUGAAACUCCACCCAACGCCUGCCAGAGACACGGCUCCAUCCCGCCGUGUUGACGACUCGACAUCAACUGAAGCAUAGAUGGGGGUUUUUUGGGUGGAAACUUCAGUAUUUAAGUGACUCCGUGGAGUCAGAUUCAAACACAAGUGUUAAAACAUGAAAGAGACCUGAAACUGAAGGUUGAACUCAGGAAAAUGAUGAAGUGAUUAAAAAAUAUAAACUAUCCUGAAUGUCAUUUUUAAUUUGGUGCUAAUAGAUGACUCUGUGUAUUUUCUACCACAGUGCAGAUACAGUGUAUUUUUAAAGAUUUUAAAGGCUGUAUUGUGUGUUGUGUGUGAGAUGUGAAACCAGUCCUACAGGGCUGUUGAGUGUUGUGUCCUUUUAUUGUCUUUCCAGUUUCACUGCCUGCAGAUUUAACCGGUGACUCAGAGAGGAAAUCUGUUAGUAGUUUGUAACAAUUUGUAACUUUUGUCACUACUUUUUGAUAAAAUAUUUAUAUGAAAACUACAUGUCAGUGGUGUUUUAUUGCCUGGUAAUCGCAUCUUUUUAAUAAAGUUUUUUUUUUUU